CAGUGGCCGGCAGGAGGCGGGACGAAGCUGGUCAUGGCUCUCCAGAGGAAUAUUUUUAUGGGGUAUGGAGUGGGUGUAAAGGCUGGAGUUUUAGCUGGCGUUCAGCAGCGCUACUCCUCAUCGGAUGUGCGCUUCCUGAUGAAACCCAACCCUUCUGCCCUCAAGAAAGGCCGAGGAGGGCGCUCUUCCUUUUCUGGUAAUGUGGCCACAGUAUUUGGUGCUUCUGGAUUCAUUGGACGUUACGUGUGUAACCGGUUGGGGAAGACUGGAACCCAGAUUAUAAUCCCGUAUCGUGGUGAUCACUAUGAUGUUCUGCGGCUGAAGCUAGUUGGUGACUUGGGUCAGGUGCUCUUCAUGUUUUACAAUCUGUGUGAUGAAGAUGCCAUACGUAAAGCCAUCAAGCAUUCUAAUGUUGUCAUCAACCUUGUGGGACGUGACUGGGAAACCAUGAAUUUUUCAUUUAAGCAAGUUCAUGUGGAAGGUGCUGAGCGUUUAGCCAGGCUUAGUAAGGAAAUGGGGGUUGAAAGAUUUAUCCACUUGUCUGCACUGAACUCCAAUGUUGAGCAUGAGGGUUAUUAUGUUAAAGGUGGCUCCAAGUUUCUGAAGACUAAAGGUCUCGGUGAACAGGCUGUGAGAGCUGCCUUUCCUGAAGCCACCAUUAUCCGACCCAGUGAUGUUUAUGGUCAAGAAGAUCGAUUCUUACGGUACUAUGCUGGUAUAUGGCGUCAUCAGGGCCGUCUCCUCCCUCUGCCCAAAGCAGGCAAAGACAUUUGGAAGCAGCCUGUCUAUGUUAGUGACGUUGCACAGGGGAUUGUCAGUGCCAUGAAUGAUCCGGAAACUGCUGGCAAAAUCUAUGAGGCUGUUGGACCUCGACGUUAUGAACUCUCCGAACUUGUUGACUGGUUCCACCGUGUUAUGCGGAAAGAUGGCUACAUGAGAUAUGACAUGAAGUGGGACUUAUCCUUCAAGUGGAAAGCACGUAUGACUGAGUUUCUUCCAUCAUGGCCACUUAACACACUCACCAGGGAUAAAGUAGAGAGGGAAGCCGUGUCAGACACAACUACAGGUCUGCCAACUCUGGAAGAUCUUGGGGUCACCCUUACAAAAAUGGAGGAUCGUAUUGCAUGGGAACUUAAACCAUACAGAUCUGGCAACUAUUAUGAUGAAGAACUUGGGGAGUUUGAACCCCCAGAGCCUCCAAAAUUUAUUGCAGCAGCAUGAACUCAUGUACAUUCUUUAAGUGACCCUAGAUAUUCUAAAAUUCUUUGAUAUUUUAACUGCUAUUCAUUGUUGUCAAUUUUUUUUUAUAAACUGUUCAAUGUGUAGUAAGUGAACAGUCACUCAGAAAUGACAAUACAGUAAAUAUUAAUUUUUAUUGGUGAAGAUUUAACAUCAAGAAUAUAUUGAUAUGUAAAUAGUGUUGUACAGUAUUUGACUUUUUGCAGUUAAACUGAUAAGAUAUUGUAUAAAUAAAAUAUUCAAGAAUA